AUGAAGUCUACCUCGUCCACUUCGACCACCUCUUCUUUCCGGCGGAAACAUCCUAAGGAGUUCAGCCUUGAUACGGAGUACAAAGGACCAAUUAUCCCACCAAGCACGAAAGAGCGCUCGAAGCAACGUACACUUGUCCUCUGUUUUGAUGGGACUGGCGAUCAAUUCGAUAACGAUAACUCGAAUGUCGUGCAAUUCUUCUCUCUCCUGGCAAAGGGUGAUUCCAAGCAGCAGCUCGUGUACUACCAAGCAGGUAUCGGGACAUAUACGAUCCCGCAAGUCGCUACGCCGAUAGGAUCAAAGUUUCGACAGACGUUGGACAUGAUGCUCGGAAGCAGUCUUCACCAUCAUGUCAUGGGUGGAUACGAGUUUCUCAUGGAGCGAUACAAGACGGGAGACCGAAUCUGUAUAUUUGGCUUCUCGCGUGGCGCGUAUACCGCGCGUGCGCUUGCAGGCAUGAUUGAGAAAGUUGGGUUAUUACCUGCGGGUAAUCACCAGCAGGUGCCGUUUGCAUAUAAAAUGUAUAUGAAGGACGAUGAGCUAGGAUGGCAGCAGAGCGUCUUAUUCAAAAAGUCCUUCUCGAUGGACGUAGACAUCGAAUUCGUCGGCGUAUGGGACACCGUUGCAUCCGUCGGUAUCCUUCCAAAACACAUCCCAUUCACCAAGAACAACACAUGCGUCAAGACUUUUAGACAUGCUCUCUCCCUCGACGAGCACCGCGCAAAGUUCAAAGCUAACCUAUACGACUUUGGCGCGAACGUUGAGUCCGAAACAGGUGACCUGACUUACGUCCCACUCUCCCAGCGCAAGAAGAACUUGCAGAAGAAGUAUGCGCAUCGACAUGACCAUGACCAUGACCACGACCACGACCAUGAUGAUGAUGACGUUGCAGACAUGGAGGUUGAGGUGGACUUGGAUUUGAAGAAAAAGAAAAAGAAGUUGGAGGAGGAUAAGUUUAAUAAGAGCUCAAAGUUAGAGGAGAAGUAUACGGAUAAGACGAAGAAGACGGAUGUAUUGGAGGUUUGGUUCGCUGGUUGUCAUACAGACGUCGGCGGUGGCUCCGUGGCAAAUGAUACACGAUACAGUCUCGCAAGGAUCCCACUCCGUUGGAUGGUCAGAGAAUGUUUCCUCACAAACAGCGGGAUACAAUUCGCAGCUGGAAGACUACACGAAGUCGGUCUGGAUCCGCAUACUCUUUACCCCUUCGUCAGACCCCGGCCGGCCCCACUACCCGUAGAAGGAAUAUCAUUCGAAGAGAAGGAACAGAGCGAGGGUGGGACGUUCAGGUCCGAAUCUCCAGUGGCGAAAGAGAAGGCAAAGCAAAAUGUGGUUACCCAGGAGGAAGAGGAUGAGGAAGGGUCAGGAGAAUUUGUAGAUGAGGAACACGAAGAACUACAUGACGCGCUGUCACCUGCAUUCGAUCAACUCGCACUUGCGUGGUACUGGUGGAUUCUUGAAUGGUUUCCUCUCGUUCAUCGACAUGAGAGAAUCGACGCGUCGAGUGUCAAAGUCAUCUCGGUUAACAAAGGCCGUCCACGCGUCGUCGCCCACCAGCACCUAACAGGAAUCAAAGUCCACCGCUCCGUGAAAAUGCGAAUGGAAGCAGAGGCUCAGGUAUUAUUGCUCAAGUCGCAAUACAAGCCGCGAGUGAAAUUCGAUUGUGAACCGACUUGGGUCGACUGA